GCAUGUCGGCUCCAGCGCCCGGCGCCGGGAGGAGCCGCAGCGGCUGCGGCAGCCGCAGGAGCCGGUGCAGGGGCGGGUGAGGCGGCGGGCGGCGAUGGUGUCCCAGGCGGUGCAGCUGCUGCGGCAGGGCGUGUGGGCGGCGCUGACCGGCGGCUGGUACCACGACCCGGAGCAGAGCAAGUUCACCAACAGCUGCCACCUCUAUCUGUGGCUCUUCCUGCUGGCGCUGCCGCUCGCGCUGCAUCUGGCUUUCCCUCCAAAUGCGGUCACAGUUUUUAUCUACUGUAGUUCUGUGACUGUGUUCUUCACAAUAAUAAAGGUACUCAGUUAUCGCCUGCACCUUAUGUUUGAUAAAGGAGAAGUAAUGCAACAAAGGAUCUCGCGAAAGAAUGGAAGGCAAAGCAAAGAUAAAGAGGCCAAAAGAGAAAAUGCAGUUCACUGCUCAAAUCUUAGCAAUAACAUAGGAGAGAAUGGUACAAUUGAAGAGGUAAAACAAAAUGACUCGACCCCAACAAUCUAUGGCAGUUCAAGAGUACAGGCUAUAAACUUGCACCACUCUUCUGGAAUUGUGGAGCUGCCAGCACAAGAAACUGUUGAAGAUCUCAAAGGGGUAACAAUGUUAGAAGACCAGGCUUCACCACCAGAUUUAUCUACCUCACCCUAUAUCAAAGGAGAUAUGUUACCUAUUUCUACAGCCCAUAUGUCAGAUUCUACCAUAUCGGCAAUAAUAACAAAACCAGCAGCUAUGGAGACGUUUAUCAGUAAUGGAACAAAUGAGAAAGAAGAGAAGAUGCACCCUUCUGGCUACUUUGGAUCAGAAGAUAUUCUUAUGGACAAAGAUCUGGUUAAAAAGUUGUCAAAUCUCUCUCUGUCACAGUAUGACAUUUUAAGAACUGGCAUUUCUUUUGAGCAAUGGGGCAGUGAAAAUUCAGUUAUUAUUUCAGAGCAUUUAAGUAACCCAAAAAGUUACAAAAGAGAGAAAUUCCCAGAUGGAUCGCCGCAUGAAAGCUUUAAUCGUAACUGCCCACAGUGUAAUACAAUUGCAACCAAAGAGACCGAUGGGCCUGUGGAAAUUUCUUUUCAUGUUGAUAACACCAAUGAAGAUCUUGAUUAUUCAGAUGGUGAGGUUGCUGUUGCUCUUGUUGACAGUUCUCUCCCUGGAGACCAACUUAAUUUACAUGAACCCAUUAAAAUAGUUAUUACAAUGAGUAGUACACAAAAUACAAUGAGUGAUUUAGAAGGUUCUCUCCAUCUGAAGGUGUCAGGUACUGAGAAAACUAGCUCAAACCCAGACUUUGCUGUAGCUAUAGCAGAUCUCCACAGUCAACAAAAUAAUGAACAGAUCAAAAUUCCGGUUAUAACUUUUGAAUUGUCUGGUGAUGGUGGAGGCAAUGUUCAUCCGGAAGCCAGUGAAAGUGGAAGAACUCCAGAACAUUUAAAGGUCGAUGCAUCAUCCAACCAGUGUUCUGGCUAUGAGUCUGGUCAUCUGGACAAUGCAGUAAAGGACCAUAGCAAUCCUGAAAAUAACCAUUCAGAAACUAACACUUGUUUAGGUCCAAAUCUGGAGAAUGCUUUGGAGAAUUUGCUGGUCACCACUUCCAAUUCUAAAGAAAGUGAACAGAACCUUGAUCUACUGUCUUAUAAAACUGCCCAUGAAAAGAGACACAUUCGAGUGCUGAGUGUAGACAGUGGGACAGACAUCUUUAUAAGUAAGAAUUCCAUGGAGAUAAUCAGUGAUAAAGAAAAGACCUUACCAACUUCUAAAUCUGACUUAGAAGCUAAAGAAGGACAAAUACCCAAUGAAUCUAACUUUCUGGAAUUUGUCUCCCUGCUGGAAUCCAUUAAUACUGCAAAGGUGACAGCAUCAAAUCAGUCCAAUAUCAAAACAGAGACUACAAAAGAUGAUGGGUUUGUUGGAGAUAGCCAUACAACAGAGAGAAAAGAAGAAAUGCGGGAAACAGAAAAGCACUACAAGCAUGUUUCUAAACAGGAAAGAUCAGAUGUACAAAGUCAAGAUUGGCCUACUGCUAGUCCAAUGCUACCAGAGCCUGCCCAAUUUACAGCACAUUACCAGGGCAACAGGCAAAGGCAGAUAAUCUACCGAGUAACUUCCCAGCAAGAUAGUUCUGUCUUGCAAGUUAUAAGUGGACCUGAGGCUUCAAUGCAAGAUGAUAUAUCUGUGGACGCGAUGCAUGUGUUCAUAGAUGAGCAUGGGGAAAUUAGAUCCUGCUAUUUAAAGGCUGGCAGUCAGAAGGAAGGAAAUACUCGAUAUCAGCCAUCAAAUUAUGAUUGUAUUUCUAAUGCUCCUGAAACACAGUUCAGUUCCUCUAGUACUACCACUUCAGAGAGUCAAGAAUCAUCUUCAGGAGAUCAUGCUGCAAGUGCACUCCAGCAGCAGCUCUUACUGAUGGUGGCACGAAGAACCCUUUCAGAAACACCACGGCAACUGAGUCAGGACUUUGAGGACUCUUCAUGCUCUUCAGCACAACGAAAAUUUAACAGGCAGUUUUACAAAUUUAUUAUAUUUCCUGGCAAGUGGAUUAAAGUCUGGUAUGAUCGACUUGCCUUGUUGGCAUUACUGGAUCGGACUGAAGCUAUCAAGGAGAAUGUGUUGGCUGUUCUUCUAGUAGUUCUUGUCUCACUUCUUGGGUUCCUAACUCUGAACCAAGGCUUUUGUAAAGAUAUUUGGGUCCUCCUGUUCUGUCUUGUCAUGGCCGGUUGCCAAUAUUCCCUUCUAAAGAGUGUUCAGCCCGACCCUGCCUCACCGAUACAUGGACACAAUCAAAUCAUAAUGUACAGCAGACCAGUAUAUUUUUGUAUCUUGUGUGGCCUUAUUUUGCUGCUAGAUGCUGGAUCUAAAGACAAAAAUCCUUCGAUUUACACAGUAUAUGGCUUGAAGCUCUUUUCUCCUGGAUCUCUCGAAUCAGCCAGAGACCAUAUAAUAGUGUUUUUGUAUUGCUUCCCUGCAAUUUCUCUUCUUGGCCUUUUCCCUCAAAUCAACACCUUCUGUAUAUAUCUCUUGGAACAAAUAGACAUGUUACUUUUUGGUGGUUCUGCUGCUGCUGGAUUGAUAUCUGCCCUAUACAGUAUUUCUCGAAGUUUUGUAGUUGUGAUUGUACUGUAUGCUUUCUGCUUCAAUGCAGUGAAGGAACCAUGUGCUCGACAUAUUCCAGCACUGUUCUCUGCUUUCUGUGGCCUUUUAGUUGCACUUUCUUAUCAUCUUAGUAGGCAAAGCAGUGAUCCAUCUGUACUUAUGUCCCUUAUUCAAUGUAAAUUUUUUCCUCACUUUCUACGUCAAAAUUUGAGAGAUUCAUCAGCAGAUCCACUCCCAGAGAAGAUGAGAGAGUCAGUGAAGGAAAUCUUGAAAUCGGAUCUCAUUGUCUGCACAGUGGCUGCUGUUCUAUCAUUUGCAGUCAGCGCCAGCACUGUGUUUCUGUCAUUAAGGCCAUUUCUCAGCAUUGUGCUGUUUGCUUUAGCAUGGACUGUGGGAUUCGUAACACAUUACAUACUUCCUCAGCUCCGCAAGCAUCAUCCUUGGCUGUGGAUUUCACACCCGAUACUUAAAAACAAAGAAUAUUAUCAGCGGGAAGUGAGAGAUGCUGCUCAUUUAAUGUGGUUUGAAAGACUCUAUGUGUGGCUUCAGUGUUUUGAGAAAUACAUCUUGUAUCCAGCUAAUAUGAAUGCCCUCACCAUUGAUGCUUUUUCUAUUAGUAAAUACAAGAGACUUGGUACACACUGUGAUAUUUUCCUGAUAACAAUUGCUGGGAUGAAGCUGCUCCGAUCCUCAUUCUGUAAUCCGGUUCAUCAAUUUGUUACUUUGAGCUUUACUGUAAUCUUUUUCCAAUUUGACUACAGAGGUAUCUCAGAGAAUUUCUUGCUGGAUUUUUUCAUGAUGUCCAUUGUGUUUCAUAAGCUGUGGGAUCUACUGCAAAAAUUACAGUUUGUUAUGACGUACAUUGCUCCCUGGCAGAUUGCUUGGGGCUCUUCAUUUCACGUGUUCGCUCAGCUCUUCUCAAUACCUCACUCUGCUAUGCUUUUCUUUCAAACUUUGGCCACUUCGAUCUUUUCUACUCCACUGAGUCCAUUUCUUGGUAGUGUCAUUUUUAUCUCAUCUUAUGCCAGACCAGUCAAGUUCUGGGAGAAAAACUACAACACAAAAAGAGUGGAUCAUUCCAAUACAAGACUGGCGAUUCAGAUUGAAAAGGACCCAGGAAAUGACGACAAUAAUCUCAACUCCAUUUUUUAUGAGCAUCUGACAAGAUCUUUGCAGGAGUCUCUUUGUGGAGAUUUGAUUCUUGGCCGCUGGGGAAACUACAGCUCAGGAGACUGUUUUAUUCUGGCAUCAGAUUAUUUAAAUGCCUUUGUUCACUUGAUCGAAAUUGGAAAUGGCCUCGUCACUUUCCAGCUCAGAGGGCUAGAAUUUCGAGGAACAUAUUGCCAGCAGAGAGAAGUGGAAGCUAUAACAGAAGGAGAUGAAGACAAUGAAGGCUGCUGCUGCUGUCAGCCAGGUCACUUGCCUCACUUGCUAUCAUGCAACGCAGCCUUUAACCUCCGAUGGCUGACAUGGGAAAUAACACGAACCCAAUAUAUACUGGAAGGAUAUAGCAUCAUUGAUAACAAUGCUGCCACAAUGCUGCAAGUGUUUGAUCUGCGAAGAAUACUCAUCGGAUAUUACAUAAAGAGUAUAAUAUACUUUACAGCAAAUUCACCCAAAAUCUCACACUGGAUAAAAGAUGAAUCAAUCCAGAAGACACUACAGCCUUAUGCCAAAUGGCAUUACAUUGAACGUGACCUUGCAAUGUUCAACAUUAACAUUGAUGAGGACUAUGUUCCAUGUCUUCAAGGAAUAACGAGAGCUAGCUUCUGCAGUGUUUAUCUUGACUGGAUUCAGUACUGUGCUGGAAAAAGAAGGGAGCAUCUGGAUAGUGAUGAGGAUUCUCCUUUAGUAACUCUUUCCUUUGCCCUGUGUAUUCUGGGUAGAAGAGCUUUGGGAACAGCAGCCCACAAUAUGGCCAUCAGUUUAGAUUCCUUUCUUUAUGGACUCCAUGCUCUGUUCAAAGGAGACUUUCGAGUUACAGCAAAAGAUGAAUGGGUGUUUGCAGACAUGGAUCUGUUGCAUAAGGUUGUCGCUCCAGCAGUCAGAAUGUCUGUGAAGCUACAUCAGGACCAGUUCACCUGUCCAGAUGAGUAUGAGGAUCCUGCAGUUCUGUAUAAGGCAAUCCAGUCUUUUGAGGAAAAGAUUGUAAUUUGUCAUGAGGGUGACCCUGCCUGGCGCAGAGCUGUACUCUCUAACAAAGAAGAGCUGCUCACUUUGAGACAUAUAGUGGAUGAAGGGACAGAUGAAUAUAAAGUUAUUAUGCUCCACAAAAGCUACCUGAGCUUCAAAGUUAUCAAGGUAAACAAGGAAUGUGUCAGAGGGCUUUGGGCUGGGCAGCAACAGGAGCUAAUUUUUUUGCGCAAUCGUAAUCCAGAGCGAGGUAGUAUCCAGAACAAUAAACAAGUCUUGAGGAACUUGAUUAACUCUUCAUGUGAUCAGCCACUGGGAUAUCCAAUGUACGUUUCCCCAUUAACUACAUCGUACAUAGGGACACAUAGCCAGCUGAUGAACAUCUGGGGUGGACCUAUCAGUUUGGACAACAUUAAAACAUGGUUCAGAUCCAAGUGGUUAAGAAUGCGGAAGGACUGUCAUGCAAGUCACAACAGUGGAAACAACAUUGAAGAGAUGGAUAGUGGAGGUGGGUCUUCAUCCAGCAACAAUUCCGCAGGUAAUUCAAGCCAGAGUAGUAGCUCGCAACACACAAGAAAUGGAUCCCCCCAGAUGCAGCCUUUUUCACAAGAUUCCCGUCAAUACGCAGGCACAAGAAAAUUCAGGAGUCAGUCUGUUCAAUCACAUGCUGCGUUAAACCAGAGGCCACCUGUUUCAAGUCACUCUGAACCAAUUGUUGAAAGUUACCAGCCCAUUAUUCAAGCUUCCACAUCUGCCCAUGAAAUUGUCCAAAGGCUUUCCAGAAGCAAGUUGUCCUUCCACAACUCUGUAACAUCUGUGUUUUCACAAACCCCUGCCAUUCCUGCUGAUGACCAGUUGACUGUCCAGGAGAGAGCUGGAGCAAUGCUCACGUCCAGUCUGGCCUCUUCCACCAGCUCUACUCUCAGCCUUCUGUUUGGCAAGAGAAGUUUUUCAAGUGCUUUGGUGAUUUCUGGGCUCUCAGCUGCUGAUGGAGGAAACACAACUGAUACCCAGUCAUCCAGCAGUGUCAACAUUACCAUGGGUCCAUCUGCUAGAGCUGCGAGCCAAGCAACACGGUUCUCCGAGACUUAUGAAGUGACUGAUGCUACAAAAUCUAGACAGCGAAAAGACCUAGGUUCUGCCCAUGCCAUUGUUGAGAGUCAUAAUCUGGAGUGUAGAAGAGCCAGCCAGGAGGAUAUGGCACUGGAGGAUACAGCUUCUCAACAAAGCCACUCAGAAGAGCAGUGAGGAAUAUUCCUAGUUCAAGGGCCAUAUGUACACCUUCAAAGUAAAGAAAAACACAUCUAGGUCCGUCAGCUGCAAUUAUUUCAAGUGUAACAGCAAACCUCAAACCCCUUUAUUUUUCUAACUUCGGAGAGAGAAUCCCAUUGUGCAGAUGUUCUUCAGCAAAAAGGCUCAGCAUGUGGGGAUGGAAGGACCUUUACAGAUUUUAAAGAUGUCCUAAAAUGCAGUGCAACUUCAUCUCAGGUUCUUGACAUUUCUAAAACAAUGAAUAAACUCUGCCUGAUAUCCUUCCCCCGCAGCGAUGCUGACCCACUUGUGGUGGAAAUCUGGACGUGCUCAAAAAGAAGCAUGCAUGGAAGUGCAAGUGAAAGCAAUGGAAGAUCUUAAUGCAACUCGGCGAAAAGCACACAGACAUCUGUUUCUUGCCAUAACAAAAAAGAGGACUGCAUGUUAAAUAAUUGGCAUUUUAUACAUAAUGCAUCACAAAGAAAAAUUCUGAAUAGAACAUGUAAUAGGACAGUACAAUACACACUGUAACAUUAGAGCUAAAUCUGAGAAUUUUUAAAGGCAAGCCUCAUUCUUCCUUUUCUUUAGUGUUACGCAGAUGGUAAUUACGUAUAGCAACAUAUUAAUAUAGGCGAAGAUAUACUGCAUGCAGCCAUGUUGAAAUAUUGUAUGGAAGAGAUAGACUACAUAUUGCCACAAGACAAGUUUUGAGAACAAGUAUAGCCAGUGCAUGGAAAGCCUUCACAAAGCAUAUGGUGCUCCUUAUUUGCAAACAAAGCAGUUUUAUAUAUGAGACUGCUCUAACAUAUAAUCUCGCACUCCUGUUGAGUUGACAGGAAUCCAUGCCUAUAUCUGAAGCUAAGAGGCUAAAACAAAUCCUUAAUGUACUGUAGUAUAUACAUACACACGCUCAUACAUUUUUUUUAUAAUUAAACAAUUUACAACUAUUGGUGCCUCAAUGUUCCUCUUUACUGUAACUACAGCAGCUCCUGUCUAAUUCUUAUCAUGCUAAUCCACAGCCAUGGUGGUUUUCUAUACAAAACCAGGUUGUCUCGUCCCACUUAAUGAGCAAGAUUGAAUAGGUGAUGUUGUAGCGAGCUCUCAUUACUUUUACACAAUAUACUGUUGCCUUCACAUUCACAGACUCUGUCCAUUACCAUGGCAUCUAUAUGCAAUACUGU